CGGCCUCGCCGCCCGCGUGGGGACCCCGCCUGCAGCCGGGCACCCACCGCCCUCCGCGCAACUCCGCAUCAGUUUUGGGGGGCCUCCGGGCGGUGGCUGCGUCCCCAAGUCCCACUGCCAUUGUCGAGCUCCUUGUUUACCUCCGACUCGGGCUGAGUGAGAGCUUGGCGACUUUUGGGGGGAGGGGGCGGGGAGCAAGUGGCCGCCGAGGCGGCGGCGGCGGGGUUGCCCUCGGAUCUCCCCCUCCCCCCUGCUCUUCCCUCCCCGUCGGUGCUCCCGGGCGCUCCGGGUCCCAGCGUCCAUGGGCAGGGAGAGGGUCCCCGGGGCUGUUGUCGGCGACGCCGGCCUCCCAAGUGGCCUCCUAGUGCCUUCCCGGGGCUCUUGGCGCGACCCUCUGCCCCUCACCCUCUCAGGCCCCUGCUAGAUACCUUCGGUGGGGGUGCGAGGCGGUGGGGAAAAAGUUUAAGGUUUGUUAAUCGCAGUCGCGAUUGUUGAGGAGGGGGAGGGGGCGGCUGGGAAGAAAGCGAGGUGGCCUUUCCCUGGCGCUCCGGGGUCUCGGACGAGCCUGGCAGGGUGACACCAAGCGGACUUUAAGCGCUCUCCCAGGAGCUCAGCAGGAGGAGGGGGCGAGGGUACCUUUUUCCCCCCCUCUCCCAACCAUUCCUGGGGUCCUUGUCCGCAGUGAUUUUUUUUCCUCCCCAGUGCCACCAGUGUACAGCUCCUAACGGGUUCCGCUUUGUUUUUACGACUCCCCCCACCCCCACCGAAUCACUUGUCAGAUCAAUUUUACCUUCUCCCUCCUCCCUACUUCCCACUCUCCCCUCCUCCCCUUCCAAACCCUGUUCUCUGAGGUUAGACAUUUUACAAGCUCGCUAUGCUGUUUUUCGAAUUGUGACUUUUUAAAGCCCCCCCCCCAUAUCUACUCUUCUGGCUGUUUAUUUUUGCCCUUCCCCCCGCUUAGCGGGGCGGGGGUAAGGAAAGAGAAAAUAAUACAAUUUCAGGGGAAGUCGCCUUCAGGUCUGCUGCUUUUUUUUUUUUUUUUUAAUAAUAAUAAUAAUAAUAAAAAGGACAUAGAAAACACCAGUCUUGAACUUCACUUCAAGAACCCGGGCUGCAAAGGAAAUCUCCUUUGUUUUGUUAUUUAUAUGCUGUCAAGUUUUGAAGUGGUGAGUUUCAGUUCUGGCAGGUGAUCUGUAAGACAGUGACUGAGUAUGGAUCAUUUGAACGAGGCAACUCAGGGGAAAGAGCAUUCAGAAAUGUCUAACAAUGUGAGUGAUCCGAAGGGUCCACCAGCCAAGAUUGCCCGCCUGGAGCAGAACGGGAGCCCACUAGGAAGAGGAAGGCUGGGGAGUACAGGGGCAAAGAUGCAGGGCGUGCCUUUAAAACACUCGGGCCAUCUGAUGAAGACCAACCUUAGGAAAGGAACCAUGCUACCAGUUUUCUGCGUGGUGGAACAUUAUGAGAACGCCAUUGAGUAUGAUUGCAAGGAGGAGCAUGCAGAGUUUGUGUUGGUGAGAAAGGAUAUGCUUUUCAACCAGCUGAUCGAGAUGGCUUUGCUGUCUCUAGGCUACUCGCACAGCUCGGCUGCCCAGGCCAAAGGGCUCAUCCAGGUGGGGAAGUGGAAUCCAGUUCCACUGUCCUAUGUGACAGAUGCCCCUGAUGCUACGGUAGCAGAUAUGCUUCAAGAUGUGUAUCAUGUGGUCACGCUCAAAAUCCAGCUACACAGUUGCCCCAAACUAGAAGACUUGCCUCCUGAACAAUGGUCGCACACCACAGUAAGGAAUGCUCUGAAGGACUUACUGAAAGAUAUGAAUCAGAGUUCGCUGGCCAAGGAGUGCCCCCUUUCACAGAGUAUGAUCUCCUCCAUUGUGAACAGCACGUACUAUGCAAAUGUCUCAGCAGCAAAAUGUCAAGAAUUUGGAAGGUGGUACAAACAUUUCAAGAAGACAAAGGAUAUGAUGGUUGAAAUGGAUAGUCUGUCUGAACUAUCCCAGCAAGGCACCAACCACGUCAAUUUUGGCCAGCAGCCGGUCCCAGGGAACACAGCUGAGCAGCCUCCGUCCCCUGCACAGCUCUCCCACGGCAGCCAGCCCUCUGUCCGGACCCCUCUUCCGAACCUGCACCCUGGGCUUGUGUCAACACCUAUCAGUCCUCAGCUGGUCAACCAGCAGCUGGUGAUGGCGCAGCUGCUGAACCAGCAGUACGCAGUGAACAGACUCUUAGCCCAGCAGUCCUUAAACCAACAAUACUUGAACCACCCUCCCCCUGUCAGUAGGUCUAUGAAUAAGCCUUUGGAGCAGCAGGUUUCGACAAACACGGAGGUCUCUUCAGAAAUCUACCAGUGGGUGCGGGAUGAACUGAAAAGAGCGGGAAUCUCCCAGGCAGUGUUUGCACGUGUGGCUUUUAACAGAACUCAGGGAUUGCUUUCUGAAAUCCUCCGAAAGGAAGAGGACCCCAAGACUGCAUCCCAGUCCCUGCUGGUAAACCUUCGGGCUAUGCAGAAUUUCUUACAGUUGCCAGAAGCCGAACGAGACCGGAUAUACCAGGAUGAGAGGGAAAGGAGCUUGAACGCUGCCUCUGCCAUGGGUCCUGCCCCGCUACUGAGCACUCCGCCCAGCCGUCCUCCCCAGGUGAAAACAGCUACUCUUGCCACUGAGAGGAAUGGGAAACCAGAGAACAAUACUAUGAACAUUAAUGCCUCCAUUUAUGACGAGAUUCAGCAGGAAAUGAAGCGUGCUAAAGUGUCCCAAGCACUGUUUGCAAAGGUUGCUGCCACAAAAAGCCAGGGAUGGCUGUGUGAGCUGCUGCGCUGGAAAGAAGAUCCUUCUCCAGAAAACAGGACCCUGUGGGAGAACCUGUCCAUGAUCCGCAGGUUCCUCAGUCUUCCUCAGCCUGAGCGUGAUGCCAUCUAUGAGCAGGAGAGCAAUGCUGUGCAUCACCAUGGCGACAGGCCACCCCACAUCAUCCAUGUUCCAGCAGAACAGAUUCAGAGCCCCUCUCCCAGCACCCUUGGCAAAGGAGAGUCUAGAGCCGCUUUCUUACCAGGCCUGCCGAGCCCUGCACCAUGGCCCAAUGCUGCUCCUCAGCAGCAGCAGCCGCAACAGCAGCAGCAGCAGCCGCCGCCACCUCCUCCUCCGCAGCCGCAGCCCCAGCCCCAGGCAGGCCCCAGGCUGCCCCCACGGCAGCCCACGGUGGCCUCCUCUGCAGAGUCCGAUGAGGAAAACCGGCAGAAGACCAGGCCACGAACCAAAAUUUCUGUGGAAGCCCUGGGGAUCCUUCAGAGCUUCAUCCAAGAUGUGGGCCUGUACCCGGAUGAAGAGGCCAUCCAGACUCUGUCUGCACAGCUCGACCUCCCCAAGUACACCAUCAUCAAGUUCUUUCAGAACCAGCGGUACUAUCUCAAGCACCACGGUAAACUGAAGGACAACUCCGGCUUGGAAGUGGAUGUGGCGGAAUACAAAGAGGAGGAGUUGCUGAAGGAUUUGGAAGAGAGUGUCCAGGAUAAAAACGCCAACACCCUGUUUUCUGUGAAACUGGAGGAGGAGCUGUCGGUGGAAGGGAGCACGGACAUUAACGCCGACUUGAAAGACUGAGAAAAGUGUUAUUUUCAUCCGUACCACUGGUAUUUACUAACAAAAUGAAAAGUCCACCUUGUGUUCGCGCAGAAAACGUUCAUUGUUUAUUGUUUGGCCAAUAAAUCUUCAGAAACUUGCACAAACAGGAAGUCGGAAGGACAUGACAGACAGCACUGAAGGUUUACUGUGGUCCGGACUGCAAGGCAGCCCCAGUGAGGCGUCGGUGGUGUCUGAUGGUAGAAUUUGUGUUCACGGGCUGCACCACGGUGUGCGCCCUGUCAGCAUGAUACCAGAGAUUGGUUUUCCUUUUCAUUAUUACUGUUCUGGAGCCUCAAAUAAGCAUUAUAACUUCUGUGAUUAUGAUUGCCUUUCCUUUCAUUAUUUCUGUAACACUCCACACUGGUCUUUGGAAACUGGCCCCUUAUUUUAAAGAGAAAAAGGAAAAAAAAAAUGAGUUUGUUACUCGAUUGUAUGUUAAAAAAAAGAACUAUAGACUGUGGAAUGCAGUUUAAAGAUGACAUAUGCCAACAAAUGCCUUGUAUUAUAUGGCACUGCCGUAAUUAAAAUUUGUUUUUUAUUUUGGAAAUAAAAGUUCACUGUAAUUUUUUUUCAUUCUCAUUGUUACAUGAUUUUUUUUAAGGAAAAGAAAAUGUGAAACACAAUUUAGUCCUCCUUAUUUAUUUGUAGAUCCUGCAGCAUCAUGUUGUAAUUAAGUUUUUGAAAGUUUCUGUUAAAUGUAAUGUUGCUUCUCUUGUUACCAUACUGAUUUCCUUUCUAUUUAUAACUGUAUUUUGAUGGGCAGUAAAACAAAGUGUCUUAAAAGUUUUAAAUAGAGAAAAUGUGCUUUACACAGUUGCCUAUAAAAGUCUAUGUUAUCCAAGCAAUUCACUCUAGAAGCUUCACUCCUGUUGUUGUAUGCAAUUUUUACUAUCAUGCAAAUAAACCUAGGUAAAUAAAACUAAUAGAUCACCUUAGAAAAUUAUGCAAUUAAUGUGAAAAUAAUUGAUGUUUGCAAUGUGUCUUCCUUUGGUUUACACUCAACUUUAAAGCGACAUCUGUAUGAAAUUUCUGUAUAAAGGUGUAUUUCUUUUUUUAUGAGUUUAUGACUAUGAAAACACCAGCUAUUUUGUUACAGCUGCUGUUUUUAUAAGUGUAUCACAAGUUUCUUUAUGCAGAGAUGUGCUGAUUAGAAGUGGUUAUUGACUGUAACUACACGAUUAAAAUUGUUUGUAUGGUA